AAACUGCAGUCACCAAAAAAUUCUCAAAUAGGUCAUAUGUUUCUAAUUGAAAUGCAAAAUCGGGAAAAUGCAACUUCGAAAGAAACAUAUAGCCAAACCCGUUUUCCUUGGAAAGGGAUACAUGACUUGAACUUCUUCGUGAUAUGUCACUGACAUGUAGGCAUCUGACUUCACGUGAGAGGAUCCCCUUCCGUUUUCCUCAUAUAGAACAGCACACUAUUCACAGGGUCCAACACCAAGAGCCGAACAGGCCGAAAGCAUGAGGUUAGUGGGCCGUUGAAGAAUUCUGGAGGCCUGGUUGAGCAGCCGCUCCUCCAUUCUCCCCACCUCUUCGGCAAUCUAGCCGGCGUCCCAACUCCUCGCUGCCGCACCGCGGCGCGCACCACCAUGGACGAGGACCGCGCGGUGGAGGCGGCGGCAAGCGCGUGGCCUGGCCCCUCCCGCCGCCGCCGCCUCAUCGAGUUCCUCCUCCACGCCUCCACGCGGCUCGACCUCCGUCCCGUCGUCAAGUACACCGCGCUCUCCUUCUUCGCCGACCGCCUACUGCCCUCCCUCCGGAGGAAGAUGGGGUUCUGUGGCGCACGGGGUGGCCGAGCUGUGACCUCCUGGCUGCUCGAGCCUCUGAGGGACAGCAACCUGGAGCUCUUCGCCCUCGUUGCCGUGUGGAUCGCCAGCAAGAUUCACGAGCUGAAGCCGCUGUCGGUGAAGAGCCUCAAGGCGCUUGGUGAUCGCAUCAUCGCCGACCAGCAUUUCACUUGCCGCGAUUUCGCCAAUGCUGAACUGGUGUUCAUGGAGGUAGUGGAAUACAACAUUGGGUCCUUGAACAUUGCUUUUACAUACCUAGAGGAGCUUCUCGUGCAAUUCAGGGAAAUAUCCAAAAUAGGUGAUCUUUUAAAUAUGGAUGUUUGCAUGGAAAUUUUGGAUAUUCUUUAUGAGACUGAAGAUAGUUCAUGGCUUUUUAACUCUCCCUGUCAACUUGCUGCUUCAGCUCUUGUUACUGCAUAUGCCAUAUCAGUUCCUAAGCAGAGAUGGGAGUUCCCAAUCCUUCCUUGGGUUACGUUUACGACAUCAUAUGAUGAAGAAGAAAUCAUGAAGGUUGUUCUGACUAUUCUAAUGCACGUGCUUAAACCAGAUGAAAUGAAAGGGAAGGGCGAGAGAGAUUUCAAUAUCUGAGGUUUAUUGUGAAUUCUUUAUGCGUAGAGCAUGAGUCCCAGUUUUGCCGUUGUAAGCACUAUUCUCAUGUAACUGUAAGUACUGCUACACAUGUUUGUACAAGGUUGUGCAGCCCGUCUAUGCCCGACGACCGACAUUGACACAUUGUUGAGACUAAAAUGUUGAAAAUGCAAGGGAAUUGCUUUUCAAAGAUUAAAGAAAUGCAAGGGAAUUGAAGUAAUGAUGAUUCAACUGAAAUUCAUGAUUGGAUAUUAAGAAGUAACUAAUAUUUAUGAGUGCCUUAUUUUACCAAUCGAUUCUGUAAAUACGUUUAAUGCCAUAUGUUGAUGAAUAAUGCUCACUGAUAAUUCUGUAAA